AUGUCCGCCGCAGAGCAGAAUGAAAAGAGCUUCGAGGUCAAUGAGCACCUGGCCAGCUCCUCACCCUCGACCAGCUUCACUGCCGCCGCCGCCGGCGCUCAUCAUCACCAAGACGCCGACAAGGCGCUGCCCAACUCCGACGUCGACGCCGCCUGGCUCUUUCUCAACGAGCACCGCGACGUGGUCGGCGUUGACGCCGUUGACCUGAAGAAGCUGCGCUCCCGCAUCGACUGGCGCAUCGUCCCCAUCAUGUUUGGCUGCUAUACGAUGCAAUUCCUCGACAAGGUCAUCUACAACUAUGCCGCCGUCAUGGGCAUAAAAAAGGACCUGGAUCUUACCGGCAAUCGCUUCUCCAAUGUCGCCACUUUCCUCUUUGUUGGCCUGCUCUGCUUCGAAAUUCCCAACAUCUAUCUGUUGCAAAAGGUUCCUCCGGCCAAGUGGCUCGGCCUCAAUGUCACCCUCUGGGGUGUCGCUACCGCCUGCGGUGCCGCUGCGCACAACUACCCCAGCAUCCUCGCCUCGCGCAUCUUCCUCGGUAUCUUCGAGGCCACGAUUGCGCCGUCUUUGUCCCUCAUCAGCAGCCAGUGGUACACCAAGUCAGAGCAGGCCCCGCGCUUCUCCUUCUGGUACCUCGGCCUCGGCUUCGGCCAGAUCAUUGGCGGCGUCCUGUCCUACGCUUUUCAGCACAUCUCGCCAACCGCAUCCUUGGCCGGCUGGCGCGUCAUGUUCAUCGUCCUGGGCUGUAUUACCGUUCUGAUUGGCCUCUGCGUCAUCGUCUUGGUCCCCGAUACUCCCAUGCAGGCGCGCUGGCUGUCCGUCACCGAAAAGGUCGCUCUUCUUAAGCACGUAAGCGUCAACCAGACGGGCAUCCGCAACAGCAAGUUCCGCAUCUCGGAGCUCGUUGAGGCGGUUUUGGACUUGCAAAUCUGGCUGCAGAUUCUCAUUACCGUCCUCUUUUCCGUCUCGAGCGGUGUCAUUACCACGUACUCGGUCAUGCUUGUCGGCCAAAUCACACACGACGCCAAGAAAACGCCGGCACAAAAUUCGCAGCACGCGGCCCUCAUGAAUACGCCCUCGGGCGCCGUGUCCAUCUUCUUCAUCCUCAUGAUUGGCUACGGCGUGCGCCGCAAUUCGCACCGCUGGAUGUGGAUCCUGGCUUGCAUCCUGCCGGCCAUCCUCGGCGGCGCCCUCAUGUCGUUCCUGCCCAAGACUAACCACGCCGGCCUGCUCGCGGGCGUCUACCUGGUCAACGCCGUCGUGGCGCCCAUGCCGAUGCAGUACAACUGGCUCCUGGCCAAUGUCGCCGGCGCGACCAAGCGCGCCUACUCCGUCGCCAUGAUCAGUGCCGCCUUUUCCAUUGGCAACAUCAUCGGCCCGCAGACGUUUCAGGCAAAGGACGCGCCCGACUACCGCCCCGCCAAGCUCGCGCUCGUCUUUACGCAGGCCGGAAGCGCGCUGGUGACGGUGGCGCUGUUUGGCUACUACGUCUGGGCCAACAAGCGUCGCGCGAGCCGCGCCCGCCAGACCGAGGACCAGUUCUUGGAUAAGGAGGUGUGGGCAAGAAUGACGGACAAGGAGAAUCCUACGUUUCGUUACGUGUACUAG